GGCCAAAGGGAUGAAUAUCUUCCUAUAGCUCCGUCUCUCUCACCACUUAGACAAAUUAAAGCUGGACUGUGCGUGCAUCGCAAACCCUGUUACCCGGUUUUUGAGACGAUUCAUAACCAAUAUUAAAUUAAAAACACGAGUCUUGCCCCGAACACACAGUAAAUAUCGAACACUUAUGAAGCAGUAUAUUGGUUUCGCGUUUUUUCAGGGUUUUCCGGGAAAACUUGUCCGUGCGCGCGUUCGUUUUUACCGAUUCAAUAAUUAUUUCGAUAUUUUGUUUGAAGUUCUUCGAUAUCGGAUUUUUCUCCCUCAACUUUGUGCGGUUAAAUUUUUUUCACUUUAAGCGCUGGAGUGGUAUUUUAGGAAAAGCAGUGGCUGACCUCAGAUCCUGUGGUCGUGGAAGUUUCCAAGUACGGUGUUUCAAGUGUGAUCUGAUCCCGUGGGACUGUGAAAAAAACAGUGCGCGUAUAGGACACUAAAAAAGGUGCUUUUUCAAGGCGAAAGAAGAAGGAAAACUAUGCGGUAGAGUCUCGUAAAAAGUGAUUAUUCUGUUAUGCGUCUGGUACUUCAGCGCUAAAUGUGCGGGGUAAAGAAUUUUUCGGUAAAAAAAAGUAAAUACUCAUCCAUAGAGUAAACGAUGCUAUAUUUUCGAUUAAGAGCUCUCAAUUCAAAUUCUUUAGCCGUCCAAUUCGUUUGAGAACUACUAGAUAGCCGAUGAGAUGUACAAUUAUUUUAAAAUUAAAUACAGGUUUAAAAUAAGAAAAGCAUCAAAUAGAUUUCCUGACAACGAUGCUACUACCAUAGAUGUCUCGAUAAAAAUAGCAGCUUGAUGAUGAAAAAAUAGGCAAUAUUCUUGUUGAUGAUAAAUUGUGAUUGGUGCUUAGUAUCAAAUUUAACAAUAAAAAAGAUAAUAUUUCCUCGGCUACUGCCUUGUCUUUCAUCGGUGAGGAACGAUAGGCAAUACAGAAACAGGAAUCAAAGAACUGUGAAAUAUUUAAGGGAAAAAAUUUGUGGAUGUAUGAAAAUUAUAUUCUUACACAAACCAAAGAUUUUAAAAGCUGUUAUUGUCAUAACUGAUGUAUCACGGAAAACUGAAUUUUACUCUGCCCAUUUUUAUCAAAAACUAAUCGGCGAUAAAAGUUCCUGAUUCAUGAGCGUGGAGCUGAUGAUGUCAACAAUCGUUCAUCAUGGUGGAAUACCCCCCACAUCAACUGGUGCCCCGAAUAUACUGUCUCAUUUACACCAAUUUACUACUGCCCAACCACAUAGUCCCGAUGUUCUUCUGGCUUUGCUGGCUCGCAACAAAGAAUUAGAAGCUAGCAUACCAAAGUGCGGAGGGUGCCAGGAGCUGAUUUUAGAUAGAUUCAUUUUAAAGGUGCUAGAACGAACGUGGCACGCGCGUUGCCUCAAGUGCAGCGAGUGCGGAGGUCAACUAUCAGACAAGUGUUUUGCUAGAAACGGUAUGGUUUUCUGCAAGGAGGAUUUUUUCAAGAGGUACGGGACCAAGUGUGCUGGUUGUGAGAUGGGCAUCCCGCCGACGCAAGUCGUGAGGAGAGCUCAGGAUUUCGUCUACCACCUCCAAUGUUUCGCCUGUGUCAUGUGUGGACGACAGCUCAACACAGGAGACGAGUUCUACCUCAUGGAGGACAGAAAAUUAGUUUGUAAACCCGAUUAUGAAACAGCAAAAGCUAAAGAUGGAAACUGCCUGGAAGGAGAUCAACCAAAUAAAAGGCCUAGAACAACAAUAACCGCAAAACAAUUAGAAACCUUAAAAAUGGCGUAUAAUAAUAGCCCUAAACCAGCUAGGCAUGUCAGGGAACAACUUAGUCAAGACACAGGCUUAGAUAUGAGGGUAGUUCAAGUAUGGUUUCAAAAUAGGAGAGCGAAAGAAAAACGACUGAAGAAAGAUGCGGGAAGAAGUAGAUGGAGCCAGUAUUUCAGAUCUAUGAAAGGUGGAGUGUCUCCUCGACAUGAUAAAGAUGAUAUGAAAGUUGAUUUAGAUUCUAAUUUUAGUCAUUCGCAUGAUCUAGAAAGCAACGAUAGUUAUGGUACUCUGGGACUCGAAGGUGAGGGUACGUCGCCACACAGCCGAUUUUUACACGGUGGCAGUUCCUCUCCGGCCUACCUCUCCUCACCGACCCAUCCUCUACCAUAUAGUGGAGUCUCUCAUCAUGCAGGGUCAGAACUCAGCGAUGGAAGCAGCACACACGGUUACCCUGACUUUCCUCCGAGCCCAGAUUCUUGGCUUGGCGAACCUCCUACGCAUCGUUACUGAUGAUAAAUUAUACUUUUUUUAAACUUUCACUUGUAUUAUAUGAUAAAAAGUAAUUAUGAUAAAUUCAUUAAAUUUAUAAACUUAAAUAAGGGUGUUUGGGCUGGAAUGGGGCAAUACCUAAGGUAGUAGCAGACGCUUCUACAAAAACUGUAAAAAUAAAUAUUAAAAAAUGUCUUGUGGGUAAGAAAACAAUUUCAGAUACUUUGUUGCAUUCGAAAAGAUAUUCUUAAAUUUUAAAUACCAAGUUUCCAAAGUAUUUUUCAAAUGAAUUGCCUCGUUUUAUCUAGUUAUGUACCUCCUAAAAUCCAUGACAGUACACUAUAUGUUCCAACAUUUUAUUUAUUUGAAAUUUGUGAAUUCUUGACAUUGACAUUUCGAGUUGUUGGAGUCACUGCUACUAUGGUGCUCAUUUUACAAACAAAGAUCGCCACUGCUAAAUAUUAAUCAAUUUGGUCAAAACCAUGAAAUUUUAAUGAGUGGUGAAUACCCGUAGGUAAUGCAUAUAAUGGAGACAUACCUACAACACAUACCAGCAUGAGAAUGAAUGCUCACUACAAAAUCAAAAUUGUAAUCUAUUACAUGCUCUUCCUUUUUCUUUUGACACCAGAUGAACCGUGGAAAUUGAAAAAUUGAAUAGUUAGCGAUAUGAUUUUAAAGCACCUAGCAACAGCCGAAAAUGCCGUUACGAAGACGUUGCUACGAUAUGAAUAGCAUAAAGUUGUAAAAACGUUUUCCUGACCACAUUUUACCAGGCAAGAAGUAACCUGGAGAUUUAUAUGAAAAAUUAGACCUAAUGUGUCUAUCUGUUGACGAUAUUGUAAGAAUACAGCAGUAUUUUUCUAUUUUCACGAGAGAUAAUUGCUGCUUGUCAACUGAAGCAUCUUUUGAAGGUCAACUUGGGUGGAAUCAGAAAAAAAGAUGAAGAAAAUCUUGAUCAAAAAUAUUCUGAAUUGCCUGAUUUAGUUAUUCAAAUCGCGAAUUCAGCUGAAACGGCACUCCAGUGUAUAAAACUCAUUCACACUGUAUUUUAGUUUUUAUUUUCUGUAAAAGAAAGAGGUGAGGGUCCUCAUGUGACAAGUUAUGAUUUAAAACUGCUUCUAGUCAUACUAAAUUUAUCUAGUCUUCAUUGUGAUCCAAUUUUAAUUGUGUUAAUAAUUGAUACCUUCUUGUUGAACUAACAUACUUUAUUUGAGCACCAUGUUAAGACGAAAAUUUAAAUAAAUUUACAAGAUAUUACUCAUGUCAAUGCUGAUUACGUAAACAGCUUCCCUUUAUUUGUUCAUUUAACGGAGGAACUUUGUUGGAAAAAUGUAUCUCACAAGAUAAAUAAAAAUCCAAUUAUAAAUAUUUUAAACCCCUGAUGGAGGUUCUUUAAAAUUCGGAACACCUUCCAAAUAUCUUAAGACUGAUGAAUUUGAUUUAACCGAAGGUUUCUUAGCAUCUGUAUCAACAUCAUUAUAUAUUUUGGUGCUAUUUAUAGGCUUGAGCAGAAAAUAGUAUUGAGAGACAGUAGGUUAAAAUCAGGUAGAAAACAGCUGAAAUUCGGACGAAAAAUCAAAGUGAGAAUGAUCAGGAAAUUCUUUUAACACAGAUAGCAGCAAAACUAUUGAAAAUAAUUGAAAUAACUGUAAAAUUACCAUUUAUAAAUGAAACAAAAAAGUAAGUAAAAUGGAAA